AUGCGUUUCUCGACCAGUGCAACUCUCUCAGCGGCUCUGCUUGCUACCAGCGUCACGGCGCAAGCCCCUGUUCUUGUUGAUGUCCAGAGUCUGCUCCCGGCAGCCGGCACUCCCGCCAUCUUUGACAAGACCACGAUCAUCCGGUCAACUUCCAUCCUCACAACCACGGUCAAAUUGACCAGCUCAACGGGAUUGGCCAACUCGACCAUCAGCAGAACAUCCAGCACUAGAUCGUCCAGCAGCAGAACUGCUUCCGCUACCUCUAUAACCUCGCCUACAUCGAUUCCGGGCAUUACCACCGACCAGCAGAAUGCCGUAAACCUUCACAAUGAGGCGCGAAAGCUUGUUGGAUGUUCACCUUUGACCUGGGACGCCGGUCUUGCCAACGACGCUCAAGUAUACGCUAAGACCCUCGCGAGCAUCGACAAGCUACAGCACGACGCGAACAGAGGAAAUGAAGGCGAGAACCUCUACUACCAGUAUGGCAGCGGCAGCCUCCCGUAUGCUGCUGCUACCACCUGGUGGCUCAACGAGAAGCAAUACUACACCGGGCAGGCUAUCCCUCUGGCUAGCUCGAACGGAAAGCAGUUCUCAGACUAUGGUCACUACACUCAAUGUGUCUGGAAGACUACCACCAAGGUUGGAAUGGCUACUGCGCAGUCUGCCUCGGGUAAGACCUAUGUGGUCGCUCGCUACUCACCAGCUGGCAACAUGUAA